AUGAAGCUCUCCCUCCCUUCAUCUUCAUCUUCUUCUUCCCACGAAGCUUUCCUUCGUCCUCGUCGUUUACCCUUCGUCAUGUAUAGAGAAGCAGUAAAGGUUUUAAGAGAAAUGAGGUCAGAAGGUCUACUUAUGGAUCAAUUUACUUUUGGUAGUGUCUUGACGGCUUGUGGGGGUCUUUUGGCUCUGUUAGAAGGGAAGCAGAUUCAUGCUUAUAUUAUUAGGACUGAUCAUGAAAAAAAUGUCUUUUUGGGUGGUGCUCUUGUUGACAUGUAUUGCAAGUGUAAAAGAAUAAAUUAUGUAGUAGCAGUUUUCGUGAGAAUAACCAGUAAGAAUGUUGUAUCAUGGACUGCAAUGCUUGUGAGUUAUGGUAAAAAUGGAUACAGUGAAGAAGCUGUUAGGAUUUUUUGUAAUAUGCAAAGAAAGGGGAUUGCGCCGGAUGAUUUUACUCUGGGGAGUGUAAUUAGCUCAUGUGCACACUUCGCAAGCUUAGAAUGGGAGUCAAAGAAGAUAAAGAUGCUUACCACCAUAGUGAGAAGCUUGCGAUUGCCUUUGGGUUAA